AUGCUGUCCGAAGUCCUUGACCUCCUAGUCCGCCGCUUCCUCCUCGGCCAAAAUGUCUCAUUCGGCCAAAAUGUUUCCUUUGGACUGAGCGUCGUGCUCUUCAUUUUCAUGUUCUUGCCGACGCUGCUCGUACUUCUCGCCGUGGUUUUAUUCGUCAUCUUCUGCUAUCCAUGGCUCCAUAAAUCCCAAGUCCUGGACCGAGAGCUGGGCUUCCAACCGAGGAAGACUGUGGAGUAG